AUGUCCAGAACACGGCUGGAAAUCCAGGCUGAAAAUGCUUGUGUGGAUCUUAAAUCUCGAUCUCCAUAAUUUUAUGAGUUUGGAUGCAAGAUAACCACUGUUGGUGAUAAAACCAUUGAAAUCCUGCUCUUAUCGGCAUUAAAGAUCAGAUAUAAGGAGAUCUUAACCAAGGCAUAUACUGCAGCAUACACAACGGCUUCCAAAUUCUUGACCCUUUUAACAAAAGAAGAAUCAAAUUCUCAAGUUUCGAUGUCGGCCUUUAAGAAGUGGCGGAUGGGGGGCCCCAAGCUUCAAAGAGCUUCAGUACUAAUUGACUGAGCAAUGCUUCCUUUAUAGAUCUCGCAGCUGAUGGAAUGUAAGCCACUUUCGGAGCAGCAGGCAAAAUGGUUGAACAAACAAUUGAGCAAAUUAUGGCCUUUUGUUGCAGAGUGUUUUGGAUUCUCUGGCGGUUGAAUUGGAAGCAUCAAAGGACUUCUCUAAGUUAUAUGCAGGCAUUGCAAUACUUUGGCUUCAUCUAAGCUUGAACCAGCCCUCUGUUGUAUAUUGUUUCCUCUUCUUUUUUGAUCUUUUUCCUUUGAUUAAUGAGAGGUGAUGAUCAUUUGGCAUUCUUUUCUCACUAGGAUGAAUUUGUUUUAGAAAUUGUAAUACUUUGUGUGUCUGACUGUCUGUGUGUGUGUUUUUUUAUAUAUAUUAAAUUACAUUUUGAAUCAAUGUUUAUGUAUUAAAUUUAAAUUCAUUAAUUUUUA